AUGCAGGCUCUCAAGGGCCUCCUCUCCCCCUUCGCCGGCAACAGCAACCCCAUCCAGGACACUCUUAAACUUGUUGUCAUUGGCGGUACCGUCGAAACCGCGCGGAGAGCAUCGGUCUCGGCUUGGAAUGGUUUCAUUGACUCGUUCUUCUUGACCGCGCACUUCAGCCAAGAAGACUACCCAUAUGACUGGCUCAUGCACUGGCUGUCCAAGCAACCCGCGUGGGGGCGCAGCCGCGAGUUCGACAUCACGACGCGCUCCGUCAGCCGGCACGGGCUCUCGCAGAAGACGACGGGCGAUCUCGAGGAGGACGAGGAGGACGGCGAGUUUCAGCAGGGGAACGGCAGGAAGCGACGAGUCGCCAUUGUGCCGAGCAUGGACACGACACACACGAUAUACUACCGCGGGCACUGGCUGAGGAUAACCCGCACUAAGCGGUUCCAAGACUACGGCUCCUGCGCGGAGCUCAAAAUAAGCGUCGUCGCGCGGAGCAACGACAUCCUCAAGCGGCUGGUGCUCGAGGCGAAGCGGGAAUACGAGAAGGACGCAGAGCACCGGGUGCACAUCUUCAUGGCGGACACCUCGUACGGCUGCUGGCGAUGGAAUGGCGCCCGGCAGAAGCGACCGAUGAGCUCGAUCGUCCUCGAGCCGGGCGUGAAGGACAUGAUCCUCGCGGACUGCAAGGACUUCCUCGCGUCGGAAGAUUGGUACGCUGAGCGAGGAAUUCCGUUCCGACGCGGAUACCUGCUGCACGGAGUCCCGGGCAGUGGGAAGACGUCGCUGAUCCACAGCCUGGCUGGGGAGCUCGGGCUCGAUAUUUACGUCGUUUCACUCUCGUCCAAGGGGCAAGUGGUCAGUCGAAUGAUGAGCGACAACACAUUGACGACGCUUAUGGGCAAUGUCCCGUCCCGAUGCAUCCUUCUGCUCGAAGACCUCGACGCGGCCUUCACCCGGGGCAUCUCGCGCGACGAGUCCUCAACGGGCGUCCCCACCGCGGCCGGCAGCUCAAGCAGCACCGGGAGCAGCAGCAAGGCAUCCGCAAAGAACAAGGAGGAGAGCGAUGGCUCGACGCUCUCCCUGAGCGGGCUCUUGAACAGCCUCGACGGUGUUGCGGCCGCCGAGGGCAGGCUCCUCUUCGCGACUACGAACCACAUCGAGCGCCUCGACCCCGCGCUCUCCCGGCCCGGGCGGAUGGACGUCUGGGUGAACUUCAAGCACGCCACCAAAUGGCAGGCGGAGGGCAUCUUCAAGUGCUUCUUCCCCGCCCGCGCGCCCGCCGCAGCCGCCCCCGCCGCCGUCGCGAGCGAAGACAGCAAGGGCAAGGCGGCGACGAAGGAAGAGAAGGAGGCCUCCGACGCGGCGCACCUCGCCGAGUCCAAGCGGAAGCGCGCGGCCGCGCACCGGAUCCCGCCGCUGGACGAGGAAGAGAUCUCGGCGCUCGCGAAGCGCUUUGGGGACGCGAUCCCUGAGAACGAGCUGAGCGUCGCAGCGCUGCAGGGCUACCUGCUCCGGAACAAGACACGCCCUCGCGAGUGUGUGGACGAAGUUGCCGCCUGGGUUGUCUCCGAACGCGAGAUGCGCGAGAAGAUGAAGAAGGAGAAGGAAGAGCGCGAAGCUCGGGAGAAGAAAGAGGCGGAGGAGAAGGCGCGCAAGGAGAAGGAAGAGGCCGAGGCGAAAGAGAAGGAAGAGAAGGCGGCCGCCGCGAAAGAGGCGGAGAAGGACGCUGCGGUAGCAGCCGCGGCGGAGAAGAAGGAGCGCAAGGCGAAGCGCGUCGCGGGGCUCAAGAGCGCCCCGGCGGUCGCGAGCGAGUCGUCGUCGGACUCGACGACGACCUCCGACGCCGAGCAGACGAGCGGUGCGGACGCGGACACGGAGGAGAGCGUCACGUCCGAGGAGGAGCAGGACAAGACGAAGCCCAAGAGCGACAAGUGGGUCGCCGUCAAGCAGCAGCAGCAAGAACCCGUCGCGGAUGCGGAGCCCGAAGACGAAGAGCCCGUGCCGGCCGAAGUCGAGGCCGCCGUUGCUGCCGCCGUCGCCGCUGCGGCCGCAGCCGCGUAA